AUGGGUGUCGCAUCUGCUAUUCUCAUUGUUCUCAUCACCAUUCUAUUCCCUCCGCUGGGUGUGUGGGCAGUGGCAGGAUGUGGCAUGGAUUUGUUUAUCAACGUUUGCUUGACAAUUCUGGGAUACUUUCCGGGUCAUAUACAUGCGUUCUACCUCGAAUACAUCUAUUACGACCGCCGCGAACAGGCCCAUCAGGGACGAUUCCCUACCAGCCGCGCGCCAGGCGUGUACUCUGACAACGUGCAGACUGGAGGACAGGGUUAUGGAACUAUUGUCCAGCCUACACGCUAG